UUUACGCCAACGACGGUCGCGCCUCCGACGGACGAAAGCCGAACACGAUCGAAUCGUAUCGGGCCAAAAUCAAGGACAUGUUCAGGCCGGCCAUGCUCAAGCCGUUCCGAUUGAUAGUCGGCUACGAGCUGAUCUUUCAUUGCGCCGCGCUGACUGGCAUCCGUUGCUACAUGGUCGAAAUCUUUCGCAGCCUUCGAAUGCCCAUCGAAGCCGAGUGGCUAGUGGUAAGCGCGUACCUCUUUUCGUUCCGUUCCGUUCCGUUCCGCUCUUUCCUUUCCAAUGGCUACCGACUACCGAGAUGGGCAGCUCCGUUUGCGUAUCGUCGCUAUCGUUUUUCACGAGUCUCGUAAUGAUUGCCGGAGGUGUGAUCUGCAUUACGACGGUAAAAUUCGUCGGCAAACGCGUUUUGUCGUUGAUUUCUCUGGCCAUUUGCUCGUUGGCUAGCAUCGUGAUCGGCGUGUACGCUCUAUACGCGAACCAAAUAAACGAACCGUGGAUCCCGAUGGUCGCCGUUUGCAUUUUGUAUUUCGCCUCGAAUAUCGGCAUCGGACCCAUUCCUUGGAUGCUCAUAAGCGAGGUGUUUCCCGUAAGGUGCGAGGGGCGAGCGGCAAAGAAUAGACGACGCGACGAGAAAGAUGAGAAAACGUGGCUGCGAUUAUACGGAUUAUAUUCGUAUUAUAUGUACAGUAGUACACAUAUAGGCAGUAUAGGCGUACGUGUAAAUUCGAGCGCGAACGUACGCUCGCAGAACGGCGGCGGCGGCCGGCCGAGAAUUCGCCGACGCCGCGCCACUCGAUCGGAUCCGGCUUCCGCCCUACCAACG